AUGCAGCGGCCGGGGGAGCCGGGUGCAGCGCGCUUCGGCCCGCCCGAGGGUUGCGCCGACCACCGGCCGCACCGCUACCGCAGCUUCAUGAUCGAGGAAAUCCUCACUGAGCCUCCGGGGCCCAAGGGCGCCGCUCCAGCCGCCGCCGCCGCCGCCGCGGGCGAGCUGCUCAAGUUCGGCGUGCAGGCUCUGCUGGCGGCGCGGCCCUUCCACAGCCACCUGGCCGUGCUGAAGGCCGAGCAGGCGGCAGUGUUUAAGUUCCCGCUGGCGCCGCUUGGCUGCUCCGGGUUGGGCUCGGCGCUGCUUGCCGCGGGACCUGGGUUGCCCGGCGCUGCCGGCGCGCCGCACCUGCCGCUCGAGCUGCAGCUCCGCGGGAAGCUGGAGGCGCCUGGCGCCGGGGAGCCGGGCACCAAGGCCAAGAAGGGGCGUCGGAGCCGCACCGUGUUCACCGAGCUGCAGCUGAUGGGCCUAGAGAAACGCUUCGAGAAGCAGAAGUACCUCUCCACGCCCGACAGAAUAGAUCUCGCCGAGUCUCUGGGUCUGAGCCAGUUGCAGGUGAAGACGUGGUACCAGAAUCGAAGGAUGAAGUGGAAGAAAAUAGUGCUGCAGGGCGGCGGCCUGGAGUCUCCCACCAAGCCCAAGGGGAGGCCCAAGAAGAACUCCAUCCCCACGAGCGAACAGCUCACGGAGCAGGAGCGCGCCAAGGAGGCGGAGAAGCCGGCGGAGGCGCCGGGCGAGGCCGGCGACCGGAGCCACGAGGACUGA